AUAAUGAGAGGGAUAUAAUAUUUCGAGAACAAAAUAUGGGUCCAGCAUUAAAAAGACGAGCUGUUACUGUACAUAAUGCAAAAGUUUCUAGAUAUCAUCCAAAUAAUGGAAGUGAUAUAAGAAAAAUAUUGGAGAGUCAAAGAAAACCCUUUCGGGAAUUGCUUGAAAAGGAGUUUGACAAACGAGGACAAUUUAAAUUUUCAUUAUGCUCUCUUACAAAAUUUCUUGUAGAUAAUAAACCCAAUAAUAAAGAGAAGGAUAUGAAAAAGAACUUACGAAUUGACUGGCUUAGAAAUAAGCAAAUUAUAGUCUACAAUAGAGCUAAAAUAGAUGACUACUUAAGCAAUGCCUUCGAACAAAUUUUAUAUCAAAUAGAAUAA